AUGACAGAAGAGACUGCGGAUAAAAUCCUCAGUAAUUCCAUGGCUAAACGACUUGGAACCACACAAAAGUCAGUAAAAAUAGACGAAUCCUCUUUGCAACAACAAGCGGCCUCAUGCUGCGCCUCCAUUACUGAUCUCGAGGCACAGAUUGUUAAGUGGCUUCGGUUGGAGAGAAUAGAUUUGUCAGAGCCUCCUUACACCAACGACGCUGGAGGAUCCGGUAUUCCUCUUCGUUUGAUUGAACGCUAUGCCUGCGAAGCGGAAAAGGACUGUACUACAAUCGCUCUCACUCUCGAACGCAUUAGGGAACAGAUAUUAAGGAAGGCGCAGCUCCCUUUUGCAUCCAAUCUUGAAGAAAUCCACUCUCGGCGUUAUCUUAACUGCAACGGCAUUAAGACUGACAACUUGGGAGAUUUCCUAACAACAAUUGGUCUGCCAAUGUAUGCCGAAUGUCUGACAACAGCUCUACGUGGAAAUAAUGCGCCAAUUCCUGCGAACCUCAGCACUCUGACUGAUGCUGAAAUGAUAUUCUCGUUGGGCAUUCCGGUGGAACACGUCCGAAGAAUACGCGCUGAGGCCGCCCUUAUUCCAAGAAAUCAUUUGUCCUGCGGCAGCAGUGGUAGGCGAAGGGAAGCCUUUUUGCAAAAACGGACCGUGUACCACAAGUGGCAUCAACAAACAGUUUCAUGGAAAUUAACAAAAAAGGUGCUUGAAGUAACACCGUGCUUUGAUUCCACCGAGGUGUUUGACAAAGUCUGA